GUACAUGGGCGCUAGGGGUGCGGGUCAGCCCUCGGUGGUGCCGUCCCUGCUGUCCCUCAGCAGGAGCUGUCCCUGCCGUCCCCUGUAGCACAGCCUGUCCCCGCAGGCGCAGAGCCCCUCGGGUGCUGUCCCCGCUGUCCCCCGAGCGCUGGCAGCAGGACGAUGAGCCAGCAUGGCUGAGGGCAGCAGGGCUGAGGGCAGCAGGACGGCCCCGCUGGCCUUUGGCCAGGUGGUGAUCGGGCCGCCGGGCUCGGGGAAGACCACGUACUGCCAUGCCAUGCGGGAGUUCCUGGCGCGGCUGGGCCGCAGCGUGGCCGUGGUCAACCUGGACCCCGCCAACGAGGCGCUGGCCCGGCCCUGCGCGCUGGACAUCGGCGAGCUGGUCACCCUGCCCGACGUGAUGGCCGGGCUGGGGCUGGGCCCCAACGGGGGACUGCUCUACUGCAUGGAGUACCUGGAGGCCAACGCCGACUGGCUGCGGGAGCGGCUGCGCGCCCUGCGGGGACACUACCUGCUCUUCGACUGCCCCGGCCAGGUGGAGCUCUACACACACCACCAGGCCCUGAAGAACGUCCUCGCCCAGCUGGCCAAGUGGAAUUUUAGGCUGGCUGCCGUGCACCUGGUGGAUUCCCACUACUGCACAGAUCCUGGGAAGUUCAUCUCCGUGCUCUGCACCUCGCUGGCCACCAUGCUGCACGUGGAGCUGCCCCACGUCAACGUCCUCUCCAAGAUGGACCUGAUUGAGCAGUACGGGAAGCUGGCUUUCAACCUGGAUUAUUACACCGAGGUCCUGGACCUCUCUUACCUCGUGGACCACUUGGCCUCCGACCCCUUCUUCAGGAAUUUCCGCCGCCUCAACGAGAAGCUGGUGGAGGUGAUCGAGGACUACAGCCUGGUGUCCUUCGUGCCCCUCAACGUCCAGGACAAGCAGAGCAUGAGGCAGGUGAUGCAGGCCGUGGACAAGGCCAAUGGAUAUUCCUUCGGGGACCAGGAGCACCGGAGCCUGGAGGCGCUGAUGUCGGCAGCGGUGGGGGCCGACUUCCACUUCUCCUCCACCCUGGCAGUGCAGGAGAAGUAUGUGCAAUCUCAGGACAAAGCUGUGGAAGAGGAGGUGAUGGAUCUGUGACACGCCCUUCCCUGGCUCCUCUGUUUUGACACCUCUCCUUUUCCUAGCCCGAGCUUCAGCUGUGACUCAGAACGACUGAAAGCCUUUCCAGGCAGAGUCUGGACCCUCUCUGGGUGGGUUUGACCUCCUGAGCUUCAGGCCUGCUGCCCAGAGCAGGGCUUUGGCAGGAGGGAGGUGGCUGAGGGUCUUCCCCUAGGAACAGACAGAUCGAGCCAGGGAAGGCAGGGAGAGCAAGGAAAAAAGAGAUAAGGUCUCCUCCAUCAUGAGCUAGACAGAUCCAGAGAAAGAAAAAUCAGCUGGAGCUGCCUCGGGUGCAGUGAGAGUCGAGGCAGCAGCCCUGGGAGUGCUGCAGGAGCGUGCAUGGGCCCAGUGCUCCGAGCAGAAUCCAGGCCAGGACGCCUCCACGCCGUCUCAAGGACAGAGGGAUGUUUGUUUUUCUUUUUCUUAGAAAUAAUGAUGGACUCUUUCUUAAUAAAACAGUCCUCGGUCUCA